CCCUCUCGCCCUCCCACCAUCCGACCAUGAGGCAGCUCGGAGCGGGCUCGGCUUCCUCCAGUUCUUUCGCAGGCGCACCUGAAGGCCGGCAAGACCCUUCGCCGUCUCUCCCGGCAGGAGCUGUGAGGAAAGCGCAGUCCCACCUGGACCCGACGACGGCCACCUCCGACGGAAAGCGCGUCUUGCCGGGAGCUUGAAGCGCCUUCUCCUCGUCAGCCUUGCUUGGACCUCGCCGCGCCCCCCUCUCUCCUGAGGGGAACCAGCUCAGUCAAGCAGAAGCAGCGGCGGAUGGUGCGCCUGGUUCGCUCGGCUUUCCUCGCCCGGAGGCUCACGUCUAGGAAAUAAGCGGCGGCGGUGGCGGCUCCUUCCUCGAGCGCGGGAGACGUCCAUGGUUUGCUUGUUUGUUUCUUGAUCGCGCGUUGACCUGCCUGGGAGCCAAGGCGAAGCUCGGCAAUCCAAGAAGGCAGGAACGGCGAGACCCCGGGAGUGAGUUGUUUGCAGAUCUGUGUCAGAGAGAGAGAGAACCAGCGUGGGAAUCCAACACUGGAGCUCUUUCAAAGUUUAAAGUCAAGUCAAGCCCUCUCUCCUCUCCACUUUGGGAAGACUCAGCAACCUGCUGAGGACCAGAAGAGAGAAAAGAGGAGAGGAGAUGAUUUCCUCCUCCUCCUGUUCCUGCUGCUGCAAUAUCCGUCUGAUUUGUUCCUAACACGGUGUUUUUCUUUACCAGACUCCUGUGCCCUCGAUAAACACGCGCGCACCAGUUCCAUUGCCAUCUGCUUCCAGUUCUGCCUCCAGGCAAGGGGGGCCGAAUCCUGUAGCUCUCCGGCUCGCCAGCCAGGCCCCUUUCCUUCCGUCUCUGGUCUUCGGCUCCCCCUCCGUCGAGGCACUUGUUGCUGCUCGGUGGCUGAGGAGCAGAACACUUCCCGCUGGCCUCCUCCACGGCCACGCACGCACAAACACAGAGAGAGACACGCGCGCACACAAAGACGAUCUCCCUCUCUCUCGAGAAGGACUGUGCCUGCUCCGAGCUGAAUGCCAGUCCCGGCCAACCUCUGAGACCCACCGCUCCUGCCUGGGAGAGAGCGAGAGCGCGCGUCCUCGCCCAGCCGCCCAGCGCAGCUCCUUGCCGGACGGGAAGGGUCACCCGAGGGCACCUGCGGGCCACCUAACCUGAUCUAUGAUCAGCUCGGUGUGUGUCUCCUCUUACCGCGGGCGCAAAUCCGGGAACAAGCCACCGUCCAAAACAUGCCUGAAGGAAGAGAUGGCCAAAGGCGAAGAGUCGGACAAGAUCACUAUCAACGUGGGGGGCACCCGGCAUGAGACGUACAAGAGCACCCUGCGCACCCUGCCAGGCACCCGCCUGGCCUGGCUGGCCGACCCGGACGCCCAGAGCAACUUCGACUUCGACGGACAGAGCAAGGAGUUCUUCUUCGACCGCCACCCAGGCAUCUUCUCCUACGUGCUGAACUACUACCGGACGGGCAAGCUGCAUUGCCCCGCCGACAUCUGCGGCCCCCUCUUCGAAGAGGAGCUCACCUACUGGGGCAUCGACGAGACCGACGUGGAGCCCUGCUGCUGGAUGACCUACCGGCAGCACCGCGAUGCCGAGGAAGCCUUGGAUAUCUUCGAGAGCCCGGAGCCCGGGGCUGGCGGGGCUGGCGAGGAGAACGAGGAGGAAGGAGCCCGGGAAAUGUCUCUGCAGCGCCUGGGCAUGGACGACAGGCCACCGGGGGCCACGGGAGCAGGAGGCUGUUGCCGCAGCUGGCAGCCCCGGAUGUGGGCACUCUUUGAGGAUCCCUAUUCAUCCCGGGCAGCCAGGAUAAUUGCUUUUGCCUCGCUUUUUUUCAUUCUGGCGUCCAUAACAACCUUUUGCCUGGAGACUCACGAAGCCUUCAUCAUAGAUGUUAACGUGACUGAAACACUGGUGACGGGAAACACAACCGAGACCUUUGUGAUGCGAAAGCUGGAGACGGAACCCAUCCUCACCUAUGUUGAGGGAGUCUGUGUCCUGUGGUUCACUCUGGAGUUCCUAGUGCGCAUCGUUUGCUGCCCAGAUAAAUUGGUCUUCAUCAAGAACCUUCUUAACAUCAUAGACUUUGUAGCCAUCUUGCCCUUCUAUCUGGAGGUGGGACUCAGUGGCCUGUCAUCCAAAGCUGCACGGGAUGUGCUGGGCUUCCUGAGGGUAGUACGUUUUGUUCGGAUCCUGCGGAUCUUCAAGUUGACACGCCAUUUUGUGGGGCUUCGGGUACUGGGCCAUACACUUCGGGCCAGUACCAAUGAGUUCCUCCUCCUUAUCAUCUUCCUGGCUCUGGGGGUUUUGAUCUUUGCCACCAUGAUUUACUACGCUGAAAGGAUUGGAGCCAAGCCAUCUGAUCCGAGUGGAAGUGAGCACACCCACUUUAAGAAUAUUCCCAUUGGAUUCUGGUGGGCAGUGGUGACCAUGACCACAUUGGGCUAUGGCGACAUGUACCCCAAAACCUGGUCGGGCAUGCUGGUGGGGGCUCUUUGUGCCCUGGCAGGGGUGCUUACCAUUGCCAUGCCUGUCCCAGUUAUUGUCAACAAUUUUGGAAUGUAUUAUUCCUUGGCGAUGGCCAAGCAGAAGCUGCCAAAGAAGAAAAAGAAGCACAUACCUCGCCCAGCGCCGCUUGACUCACCAACGUACUGCAAGUCAGAAGGCAACUCACCCCGCAACAGCAUUCAGAGUUAUAACAGCCCUCCGGCAGCUGCAACGGCAGGGGUGAUGGAGAGGAAAAGAUCAGAUACCAAGCAGAACGGCGAUGCCAACGUGGUGCUGUCAGACGAGGAGCAGCCUCUUUCGCCGCCUCACGAGGAGAACCAGCCCAUGAGGCGCUCCAGUACCAGGGACAAAAACAAGAAAGCAGCUACCUGCUUUCUUCUGAGUGCUGGAGAUUUCUCUUCCACUGCUGAUGGUGGCAUCCGGAAAGGAAAUAAAGAAAAUGGAUCGAAUGUUUCCUAAUAUUGGAGGCGACGUUGUGAUGUUGGACUGGAGGAUAACUAUUGUAGACUUUUAUAAUUUUAUUUGGAGAAUAUUCCUUGGACUUCUUGAAUUGAAAGAAUUGAAAGAAUUAAUGAUCCAAGUGAUCUCAUGUAGAAUUAGGCACCAGAGCUAGUAUCUUUCCGGUCCCAGUUCAGAAAGUGAGCUGGCUACAUCCACCCCUUUGGAGAAGGUAUUUUAUUUGCUUGCAGGGGAAAAAUGCAUUUCAUUUUGGAUACUUGUGCAUGGAAAUGUUUGGGUUUCUCUCUCGUCAUGCAGCUCUUGGAUGGUCCCACAGGGAGGCUGUCUAUUCUGCCUAGCUAGGGUGGUUCACGCACCGUCUUGUUGCCGUAAGCUUGGAGCUGCAAGUGGGUGCUCAUUCCCAAGGAGGCUAGAAUUCUGUUCAGUGUUAUGUUGCAGCAAAUGUGCUAGACUAGAGUGAAUGGAAGGCACCCUCUCUGCCUCUCAGCUCCACUCCUCCUUGCUGCCAGGGGCUACAAUUCAAAACAGAUGUUCUGUGUUGACAGGAGACCAAACAACCUUCCUGUGUCCUAGAAUGAAAACACAUGGAUGUGAAAUCAGGGUGUUCAGGAUGAUUAGACUAAGUUGGACGGAAACUAAAUUUGCUUGUGAAGGAAGAGGAAAUGCAAGCACACUGUUGACAUCAGUCACAUGAGCACAGUUCUCCUCAGGGGAAAACACUGCUGUUACUGCAACUGAAGAACAGACACUUUCAAAGUUUUUAUACCCAUACACAGGUUGAUGAUAUAAUUUCUCAUUUUGACUAGGGGACAUACUUUGGUUCAACUUUUUUCUCACCGAUGGAUGAAACCAAACCAAACCAAAAACCCAUCAGAGGACACUUUCUAAAAUGGCUUAGGGAGUUUUGUGGGGUGGGGAGCAUUGUUGCUGUCAUUGUUAUUCAUUUUUUGAAUCUUUAUUUUAGAUCUGAUUUAUGUGGAAACCAUUUAAUGUGUAUUUUUAAAUGUUUUAUUUAUUGUCCAUGACUACUUUUGUUACGUCUGUAAUUAUGUGAUUUUCCUUUACAUGUUGCUAGCCACUUUGAGAGUGGUUUUAACUUUGGAAAGGCACCAAACAAAUAAUAUGAUUGAUUGAUACCAGCAAAUUCAGGUUGCACAAUUAGAGUGUAUUUAGUGCUCUUGCAGAACAAACCCAAUUCAAAAAAGAGAAGUAUUUCCAGGAUAAGGGAAGUGACAGGAAAAUGCACUGCAAAGUGUGAGGUAACAAUUGCUUGUCACAACUUUAUACAAUAUAAUCUUCUCACAAUCAAAUCAGAAUUAAUGCUCAAUAAACAGGUUGCCUGGAAGCCAUCAUAUGAAUAUUUUGAGUAGUUUUGAAUUUUUAGAAACAAAUCUACUUAGUUUAAUGACAGCAUUUUGAGAUGAGUGUCAUUGAAUCAGCCUUGUACAGUGGUACCUCGGGUUAAGUACUUAAUUCGUUCCGGAGGUCCGUUCUUAACCUGAAACUGUU